UCGGGAUGGGAGCGGGCGGAGGACGAGCCGCCUUCAGACAGAAGCUCCACAUGAGGCGGACACUUCCUGUCACGCAGCCGCUGAGCAGUGAGUAAACAUGCUACAUGUAUGUGCUACACUACCUGCAGCUAGCUAACAUGUGAGUGAGGACCACUCUUCAUGUGUGUUGUAGAGUGCGUAGAUGAGGAGUCCUUCAUCGGGGGCCUCAUGUUCGGAGGGUCGCCUAACAUGACCAAAGAGUCCGAGAAUAACGAUCCAGAGGACGUCUGUGGGAGACACUUUCUCUUUGAUAACAAAUGUGCCAGGUUCGAGAGAACCAGAUCCGUGAUCCCUCCCCUGCUGAGAGACUACCAUAGACCGGGCACCCUGCACCCCCUCAGCCUCUCCAAGGAGCUUUCCCACAGCCACGCCGGGCCGCCCUUCACUCUGGGCUACCCUGAAAGAUACGAGCUGAACCCGAGUCCAGCCAUCCUCCUUCCCUCCACUUUAUUCCUCAAUGGCAGAAACCCCUUCUCAGUUGAAAACUGUAAACUCAGCAGGCCUAAGGUGAACUAUCCAUCCUACAACAACAUAUUGACUGUUAGAGACAAUCACACAAGCCAGUCCUUUCCAGACCCGGUGGUCGGCGCCUCUCGCUCUUUUAUCCAGAGGAUAUCUGAGCUGUCCUCUCUGGAGGCCGAGUCGGCAAGACAAGAAAAGCUCAAGAAAAUGAGGAAACUGAGAAAACCUCCAUCCUGACAAUCACCUUUGUCCCAGUCGCACCGGUCAAGGAUUAAAACCAUUGAGUCUGUGCCAACAACAUCGGAACAAAAUAAAACGUUGAGGGAACCGUGUUCAUUUCAAUGGCUCGUUCUGACAGCUUGUUUAUCCUCGGUGAUUUUAGUUUCCUGCUUGUCAUGGCUGCUCUUCACGUUUUGGGAUUCCUGACUGCAGCUUCUCUGUUCUAGUGACCACACGUAGUAUUUACUGAGGCAAACUGCAGCAUUGGGCGGACAAUAAAUAAUAAAUCCCUUUCCCGUUAUGACUCACAGUACUCAGUAGUUUACCACUCAACAAUCCACAAUUUUACUUUAGCUCUUUAAUGGCUUGUAAUGGCUGUUACGUAAUACUGCCAUAUUUCUCGCUGUAUCAUCAGUAGGUUGCAGAUGCUGUCCGGCUGGGAUCUCAUUACAACAGUGUUUUGAUGAUUGCCGUUAUAUACCAGUUACAAGUUGUUCAGCAAGUUGGACAUCUAUGUAUAUAUUAGAUAGUUUAGCAAAACUAUUAUUGUGCCUUGUAAUACGUC